CCAUUAUUCGCCCUCAGGGUCUGCAGGUAAGCCCAAGGUUAAAAAGGAGUACCCCCUGGUGCUUCUUCACUGUAACCUGCUUCCGCCCUCUCUCCCAGUGCCAGGCGCAAUGGGCUACCACAAUCAGAAGAUACUACAAGAGGUUCUGCCUCCGGAGUAUUGGAGACGCUGGAAGCUGCUGGAAGAGAAGGUCGGAUCCGGUGUGCUCCGUGAACGUGGGGUGCUUAUCUCUCACCCGGAGGACCUGUAUGACUUGCUGGAAGAGCGGCUACUGGAGAGUUUAGAGCUACAGCGGCCAAGACUGGAUCAUGGGCAUUUUCUGGGACAUGAUGAGAACGACUCUGAGGGGGACGAUCAGUCUGUAAGAGAAAGUGCUACGGAUGAGGAAGAAGGGGAGGAGUGUCCUGAUUGUGGAGGACACGUGGUUCGCCACAAUAACGAAGGCAGGAAAUGGGAGAUCAAAGUGUUCGCAGCCAAUGGGCUGAUGAGAGCUGGGGCAUGGGCAGCCGCUUGGAAGGAAAUGGAAAAGGUCGACGUUGAGGUUGGCCUUUGGCUUCCUUCGGAGAUCAGGCGAGAGUUAGAGAGGCGAUUGUUGGAGCAAGAGAUGGACCACUUUGAGAAUCGACUGCAGGUGCCGCAUUUGCAGGCGCCUGAGGAUGAAAUGUCCGCUGAAGUGCGCCGCCCUUCGCUACAUGGCCGUACACCUUCCUCGGCAAUUGAAGAGCCCAGUCCUUUUGUUCCAGAAAAGAUCGAAUCCGCCCCAGCUACAGAGAAAGAAGCUGCUCCAGAGCAACAAAUGCCAGUGCCACAGUAUGUGCCACGAUCAAGUGAUGAUAUUGAUCUACAGACAUUGCUGGUGAACUACGUGCGAGUAUUGGCUAGUGACCGACGCAACGUCGCAAUUGCCGUGCUCAGCUUCUUGGUUCUGUUCCUCGCGGUCAAUUCUGGGCCCCAAGCAAACCAGUCGGCUCUCCGGCCCUUUCCCCAGGACAUUCUGGAAGCCGCAUCUGCUUCUACAUCAAUUAUGUCGCCGAUGCAUUCUUCGUCUGCGAGAUGGGAUAAGCCCACGAGUUGCGCAAGUUCAAGCAUUGAGACCCAGCAUAUUGGGGAAAUAAGCUCGAUCACUUCUAGCUCUCGGGAGAUUCUGCAAAGCGCGACGACGACCUUGGGUUCAGUAGUGAUUGCUUCCGCGGAGAUUCCCAAGCCUGAAUCCGAUGAUCCCCCAACGCCACAGGCAGAGCCCGAAGCAAGCUCUUCUGUGGAAAACCCGCUUGCUAUUCGAGUUAUAGAGCCGGUGACUCCAAUGAGACUAAAGCCUAUGGAGAAUCUGGGGACGGAGGCCCCACUGGACCGUCCAGAACCAAUUCAACCGGUGAGCCCGGCAAUGGAAGUAGCCAUCCAUGCGAACCAAGAGGCGGACGACUGAACGACGUACAUGAGCCAUAAUGCCGAUAGGAUGUGAUUGACGACCGAUAUGAGAUAAUUAUUAUUUAUUUUGCUUAUUCUGUCUGACUUGUUUGCUUCUCUGCCGUUUGUGCCUGUUUCCGAUUAAUAUCUCUCGAUAUGGCCUCUGUAUUUACCUCCAGAAGUAGCGACCAUCAAUAUGUUAACAUUAGUUGCGCUGAUCUACC